AUGUCUGGCCGAUAUUGCCGGCAUUGCCUGUCUCGUAUCGCGGAUCCGACGGCCGCCAGCCAUUCUGACGAUCCGAAGAAAACUGCGCCGUCAGAACUGCCGGCGAAGUUCAAACAGUACUCAUCCACCGCAGACGGCGAUGCGAUUCCGUACGCCGUGAUCCGCGCCGCAUGGUCCGCUUUACGCGAACGCCACAUAUUAGAUCUCAGCGACCGCAGCGACCCUAGCGAAGCGAGUGGGUGUCACGUGCUGCUGCCUGCUCCACCCGAGCCUCCAAAGAAGAGUGCGGAGCUUGAAGCUCGUCUGGCGGAGUUAAGGGAAGCGGAGGAGCAGAGGCGGUAUAGAGAGCUCGUGCGAGAUGUGGUUCCCAAGGGAGCAAAAGGGAGAAGGGCGACUGGUGCUGGUGGUGGUGUUGAUGAUGAGGAGGAUUAUGGGGGCCAAGGGGGGAGCUCAUACCUGGCAUCAUACAGUGAGCAGCUGGGGUUCGGCAUGCAUGUGGUUGGUGUGAUGUUCACCUGUUACCUCUUGGGUCACUAUGCUGCUUCUGCUCUAAUCAGGGACCAACCUGCCCUACACCCGGUGGGCGGUGCAGUGGGUUUGAUAUUCGGCAUGCUACUGGAAACCACACUCUUCAUCAUUCGUACAACUCAGCUGGAGAAGCAAGCAAAGCAACGCAGCAAAAAGGCUGCCAAGAAGCAGGGAGUGUCGGUACCAACGCUGUCUGCAAGGCUGGCUGCCAACCAAGGAACUGAGACGGCAGGAAGGAGUACUGGUGGUGUUUCUGUGGGUUCUGAGGAGUUUGAUGCGGUGCGGCAAGGGUUUAUUGAAUUGGCGGGGAGACGGACGAAAGGUGCUGAAGUGUCAGGUUCUUCAGGGGGUUCUAUAAUGAGGCGGCGAAACGUGAGGCAAUCUGGUGAUGAUUAG